UGGUAAUUGCUAGACAAUAAUUGAUUUGAAAGUUUUGUCUUGAUUUUUUAACUAAUUUUUGAAAAUGUCAUACAGUGAUUUUGAGGAGAAACCAAAUAUAGAGAAUACAAUAUAUGUCGGUAAUAUUGAUUUCAAUGUAUCUGAAGAAUUACUUUGGAAAAUAUUUAUCGAUGCCGGUCCCAUAGUAAACAUUAACUUGCCUAAGGACAGUGAUAAUAAACGGCACAAAGGUUAUGGUUUCGUGGAGUAUGAUUCUAAAGAGGGUGCAGAGUAUGCCUUAAAAAUCUAUAAAGGGGUAAAAUUGAAUGGGAGGAAGAUACAUAUAAAUAAACCAACAAAACAUUAAAAGAACGCCCUGGCAAAGUUAUACAAUAAAGAGUUUUCUUAAAAAAUAUUUAU